AUGGUGCCAGUAGAGACUAGGAGGCCGCCGCCACAGCAGCAGAAGCGGGAGAUGGUGGGGAAUAGAAAAGCGGACGACGGAGUGGUGCCGCGGUGCAGCAACACCGCAGGCGCCGCUUCGGGGGCAAGUUUUCCUUCUGACACCUGCCGCCACACAACUAGCAGCAGUGCCUCUCUCCAAAAGCCCCAGAUGCAGGAAGAAGGCAAACAACAACACGAAAAGAAACAAGAGUUAACAGAGCUCCGUGCGGCAGCGACGGAAGUAGCAGCAAAGCCAGUCACGUCGUCUUCCUCAACUCUGCCAAUCACCAGACCCAUCGUUUUAGUCAGUACCAAUCGGGGAGUUUGUGACUCCUCCACAUCCUCCGCGGGAUCCUGCACACCCGGCGAUCUCCGCGCCGUUGAGGAGGAGUUGAAGGAGCUACUAAGCGGGUACCACCGACUUGUGGGAAGUGCUCCUGUUUUCUGUGAGGUGCCUGGAGCAAUUAUACCCUCACCAAAAACAGCAGCAGUAGCAGGCACGGACGUUACGCCGUCGCCGCUCCCGAAUGUCGUGAACACCCCUCCCCUAGUUGCUGCGAUGCGGAGAACCGGAAAUAGUCAGAGUAACCCCGAUAGUAGCCGUGAAAGCGGCGGUGCGUGGCGCAGUGGCGGUGCUGGUGGUUACAACCGACAUGGUCACUCCGUCGCCUCGCUGCCUGUCUCAAGCGUUCAUGGCGAGCAUUCCACUGAAGCGAAUACACCGACGCCGUGUGUGCAGAUGCCGCAAAAUCUCCGCCCCGUGCGAAGUGGUGGUGGCAGUAGCAGCAGUAGCAGUGCUGUGGAAGGAGACUCAGGUGUGCAUUCAACAGCAGCAACAGCACCAUCGUGUGCCGCUCUCCCCUCCGCACGUGCGGCGAGUCCAGUUGAUCUCUUUGCUGAGGCUCUCACAGAGGAUCACCUCAACCGUUCCUUUGAGAUGCGGUGGAAGCAGCAGCUUCGCGUCGGUUCCCCCUCGCUGCACGUGGUGCCGAACCACAUGGGUGACCGGCUCGCGCUGGACACGAGCCCGCUGCUGGACGAUGGCACGGGUUACCCCGCGAUGCGACGCGAGGCGGGCUCGCCAGUGCCGCCGUUCAUCAACUGCAACCUCCACUCCCUCGACAACUGUGGGCUGGCAGGGCACGACACGCGCACGUACGCGGCGUACCGCUACCAGGCGGGCACGCCGUCCGCGCUCAACAAGACGUCGCCAUUAGACGUCGUCGGAAGCAGCAAAGAUGCGGCUGAAAGAGAGCAGUUGGGCGUUGCUCCUGAUCACGGAGACGGAGACGGUGCACCAAGGAAGAUUGUCACUUCCGAAUUGGAGCAGAAGCCGCUGACGACGCUACACAGUCGUCAUCACCGGAAGCCGCAGCGGCGCAUUGCGUCACGUCGUCAUCAUCAUGGGGGGAUUGAUAGCACAACGCCGGAGAUCGCCACAAGUGCGCGGCGGACGGAGGACCCGUCCACACGCAGCGGGGCGGCGAGCUGCAGCAGAAUGGCCGCAGCGACUUCACAUGGGGAAGCGGGUGCCUGGUAUAACCUCAUUAAGGGCAUGCGGGGCACAGAUCUAGAGGGUGAUGGCACGUAUUCAGGAGAGUUUUCCGCACCGAUGGUAAAUACAGCGGUGCCGAACAACCAUAAUGAGCAACAGCAGCAACAUCCGUUGCGCCAUUUCGUUAUGGGUCCCCGCAACGGUGGACUUCAGAGACGCCAUCAAGAUGCAGUCACUCGCUUUCACGCCAUGGUGGAACGCCGUGUGGCGGCGUUGGAGUCGGGCAGCAGCGAAGCUGGGGCGUUACCUGCCUUUGCGGACUCUCUGGUUGGCGCCGCCAUCAAGGACUUGUGCCCGGUCGUCAAGCGGCGCCAGGCCCAGCUGAAGGAGUCCCAACACGCUGAGGCAGCAGCGGCGGCUGCAGCGGAUGCGUCACUGACGCGUAAUACUAUUCGUGGCAGCAUGGGAACAGUCACAUCGACUCCCAGCACGACACCAACGCCGAGCUCGAAUGUGCGCAGCUCGCGUGACUCGUACGCUGUUGCCUACCACAACAGCCGCCCCUCACUUGUGCGGUCAUGCCCGGAUGUGGGGCAGGGCGGCGUCGCCACCGGCGGGACCCCACAGCGGCGGCACUUGUCGCAACGCCGCGAUCGCCACUCUCGACGUGAAUCGCACGCGCACUGA